UUGUUACACUUCCGGUAGCGCAAAUGUUGUUAUGGUAACGUAAGCAAACCUUGAUUCUGCUCCUCUUGAGGCUUUAGCUCAAUCUCCAUGUUUUUAUGUAUUAUUUGCUAAAUUAGCUUUCUUACCAUCCAACGCACCAUAAUACAUACGCAGUUAAAAUGGAGGGAGCAGAUACCGGAGGAAAUACUUACCUCAUUAGACCGAAUUAUCAUCACAAGUUCAAAGCAGCUGUUGUGAAGGAGUGCAUUCGUGAUAUCCUGAGAGAACAACUCUCUGGGGUGCAAUAUGAUCCGGAUGAGGUCGCCGUUUUGUCCCGUUCAUUAGCAGAUUGCAUAAAGCGCAAACUGAAGGAUGUGGGCUUUGACCGAUACAAGCUGGUGGUACAAGUGGUUAUUGGAGAGCAGCGAGGAGAAGGUGUCAAGAUGGCUGCCAGGUGUUUCUGGGAUGCUGACACAGACAGCUACGCUCAGGACAUUUUUAUGAAUGACAGUUUAUUCUGUGUGGCGGCUGCUUUCGGCAGUUAUUACUACUGAGGACAAAAGAAGAUGGGAUGAUUUUGCAAUAGCUUUGCUUUUAAAAGCAUGUAUUUGCAUAAUUGCUUUGACACAAGAAAUGUGACUGAACUUUUAAUGAGAGUGCUCCACAUAAGACAUCUGUCUCUGAAAUCCAGGGCCCGAAUCCACAAAACAUCUCAGAGUAGGAGUGCUGAUCCAGGAUCAGUUUUUGCCAUUUUUAGAUCAUCGUGAAUAGGAUUACAUGGACGGAUCCUAGAUCACCCACUCCUACACUGAGAUGCUUGGUGGGUUCGGGCCUAGAACUCGCUCUUUCCCCGGAGAAGAUGCACUGUGCAAUUUUUGUUGUUUUUGUAAGAAGCAGCAAAUGACAGUUGAAAUACUCUUGACAGAAAGAGGACUGUGGCCAUGCUUAACUGCAGAGGAAAACGAGACAGGUACUGUUUUAUUCAUACUGCUGUCAGGCCAACCUGAGAAUAAAACAUGCAUAACCUACAUACAUACUGUAGCUGUAACAUGGGGUUAAAUGCAGUCUACCAAUGUUUUCUUUCUAAUGUAUGUCAUUUUACAUCACCCUUAUUGCUGUUUUGUAUACAAGAUUAGUUUAUUAAAUUGAAUUAAUUUCAAA